AUGUGGAGCAAUCAGAUGCGGUUGGGGUUACGGGUAACAGCUGCAACCACCGUCGUCGUUCUUCGCCGCCGGCAAUUCUCUGCCGCGAGCUCGAUGCUGUCUUUAAAUUCCGGUCCUAACGCCGCCGCCGCUUUCACCACCAUCAAAGAAAUCGUAUCGGUGGAGAAAGAGAUUAAGAAGAGCAAGUUCAUCGCAAUCGCCGGACCAAUCUCGAGCGAACAAUCGGCUCAAUCGUUCCUCUCACAGGUCCGAGAUCCUCGCGCUACGCACAAUUGCUGGGCUUAUAAGGUCGGUGAUGAACAUCGAUCGAGUGAUGAUGGUGAGCCAUCAGGCACAGCAGGAAAGCCUAUGCAGUCUGCGAUUUCGUCGUCUGGAUUAGACAGAGUCAUGGUUGUUGUCAUAAGGUAUUUUGGAGGGAUCAAACUUGGAACUGGAGGUCUUGUUAGAGCAUAUGGUGGUGUUACAUCUGAUUGUCUGAAAACUGCUGAUACGAUUCUUGUCAAGUCUAAAGUUGUAAUGGGAGUUGAGGUUACGUUUGAUCUUUUAGGUGUUGUUUACAAUCAGUUACAGUCGUGUCAAGCUCAAGAGAUCAAGGAAGAUUAUGAUACUGGUAAAGAUGGUACUAUCAUGGUUUCUUUCAAGGUUGAUUUUGAUCAGGUUGAUCAAUUAGAAGAUGCGAUCAAAGCAAACUCUAGACGAGACCUUGUCUUUUACAAAUAUUGA